AUGUUUGUGCAAGGGAUAAGACCUGGCUCGAGCGAGGAAGAAGAGGAAGAUAUCAUGGAUAUACUGCAGAAAAGGCGGGAAGAAUGCGAGCGCAAGGCGAGACGGGGGGAGAUGGACCCCCGGCUGGAGUUCACCUUCCAACUACUGAUCGACGGCACGGGACUUCCCCGACACGCCAUCAUGGAUCAUGUGUUCGAAGGAAAUAUGCUGGACGACAUAAACCAGCUUUUCCUUCCUCACAUGAGGAACAAGCUCCUGUGGUACUAUCAAGAUGUGGAGGAGGUUGAGAACCCUCAACUGGUUGAUGGCAAGCCUCGACUGCAGGCGCCAGGUAAACUGCUGCCGCCGAGCGUGACGCUGAAGAAGAAGCUUUUUCUGUCUGAUGGCUGGGACGUGCGGUUCACGGGAGUGUGCAUCUACAUGUUUAGGAUCAACGUCAGCAAACAACUCCCAGAGGAGGGCUUUCAUAAAGAUUUAUUUUGCGGGGUUAUAAACGCAGAGCACAUAGGUCUAGUAACGGCAAUAGAGAGGGUGAUGGAACAUGUGUACAUGAAUGCGCUGGCGCACCCCAGCAGCGACGGAGAUGAAGACGAGACCAAGUUCCCCAUUGUCAAGAACCAGCUGCUGCCGGGCCUGAGGUCCUUUUGUAGUGCCCUUAAAGUAUGCGAAGACGUGUGCAACCAGGUGAAUUUGUUUGACGAUGGACAAACUUACAUGGCUGACAUUCAAGAUCCCAACGAGCUUAAAGAAAUGACCAAGAAUCUAAGCACAAUCACCAUGCUAGAAGAUCGCGUCAAUGAGUGGAUUAAAAAAGUAAUGGAGAUCUUGAGUGAAAGUGAACAGCUACGAAAGGAAGUAGAUUCCAGCGGACCUCAGGACGAGUUGGAAUAUUGGAAGAAGAGAGGGGCUCAAUUCUCACAACUUGUUACCUAUCUUCAGGACAGCGAGGUCCAAUUGACCCUCACCUGCCUCCAACUUGCCAACUCUAAGGUGAUCAGGCUGUGGCGGGACACGGAUCAUAAGAUAACAUUCUGCUACAAUGAGGCCAAGGAUAACGCCAAGUUCAUCCAGGCGAUGGAGAAGUGUUGCCAUUCUCUAUACCUGGAUGACCCUGUCAAGAUAAAGGACUCUAUCCUUAGCCUGUUGCAGACAGUCAGAUUGAUUCACAGUGUAUCUCAGUUUUAUAACACUUCUGAGAGGAUAUCGUCGCUGAUGGUUAAGAUUACAAAUCAAAUGAUCGAGACAUGCAAACAAUACAUAACAUGUCGUUUCAAAGAAACGAUAUGGUCGCAAGACAGAUCUGAAGUAAGAGAUAAAUUAAUACAUUGCAUUAACCUUAACAAAACUUAUAGAGAAACGUAUCUUUUUGUGAAGAACCAGCCAUUUUUGCCAAAUACAGAGCAGUUCAGCUUUUCAGAAAAUUAUGUAUUUGGGAAGUUUGAUACAUUUUGUAAGAGAUUGAACAAAAUUAUAGCAAUAUUUGACCUGAUGGAUGAUUACAAAAUUUUAUUUGCGAAAAGGAUGGAGGGGCUUCUCCUAGGCGAAGAUUUAGAAGAAGCCAUACACACUUUCGAUGAAUUGAAGAAGGCUGUGACAACCUGCCAGUACGAUUACUUGGACUACAGAAAUAACGAGUUCGACAAGGACCACCACAUUUUCGAGGAAAAGACGAACGCCCUACGAGCGUCCAUUGGGAAUACCAUAGAAAUCAAUUUCUCUAGCGUCUGGGAGACGCCACAAGGCAUAAAAUUUCUUACAAGAUUCGAGAAAGUUAGUCAAAAGAUAUUGAUUACAAAACUUACCGAGAAGUAUGAUCGUGUAUUAAAAUACUGUGAGAAAGAAGUUGAUAAAAUAAUGAAAAUGUUCAAGCGACAAAAAGACGAUCCACCGCUGCCAAGGAAUUACUCACCAGUAGCAGGCAGGAUAAAAUGGUCACGCUGCUUGUUGCACAACAUGACGCAGACGGUGCAGAGUGUGAGUGCGCACCCAGUGUUGCGCGGGCUGCCGGCUGCCGGUGACAUGAUGCGCAAGUAUACCAACACGCGGACGCUGAUCUCCGCUUAUGAGGACACAAUGCGAGCAGUCUGGAUGAACCAGAACUUAUGGGACGUGGACGACAGUCUCAACAAUACGCUCCUGAAGAUAGACGACAGCGGCCGCAUCGUGGUGAACCUGGAUCACGCCAUCCGCCUCCUCAUCAGAGAGUCCGACUGCCUCAUCAAGAUGGGUAUUGAUAUGCCAAUCGUCUGCCACUCGCUCUAUGCAAAGAAAAACUACUUCACCUUAGUUAAUGAUUCCUUACAGUUUCUACUCGAGGAUUAUCUUCGCACGGUACGGCGUGUGAAGCUUGAAGUGCGUCCUCUCUUCCUCCCUCAAGUGGUGCGUCUCUCGUUCCUCCUCCUACCCGGGCUCCGAUGUGUGGCCUGGACGAACGAGGACUGGAAGGAGUUCAUUGACCGGGCCAAUGCUGCUAUUAAAUGCUUCGACGUACUCGUUACUAGGGUCCACGACAUCUACACCAAUAGGAUCAUUUAUGUUCUCUCUGGCAUGCAAGAAGUCACCUUAUUCAACUUGCCUGAGGAGACGCCCUGGUCCGUUGAAGAAUUUAUAGAAAAUGUCGAAACGGGUUGUCGCAACGCAUGCGUCGAGCUGAACCGCAAGAGUCUUAUGGUAGAGGAGGCAGUCGAAGAGGUCCUUGACCUGGUAAAGAAAGCGGCCCAGCAGAUCAAGCCCACAGAAACCAAUCCAGACUUCGAAUUUUUAACUGCUGAAGAUGAGGCCGGUGGCAGCGGGGCCGCGUCAUCAACUAACGAGUCCUCAGCUAGCGGUCCCCAGGAUUGGACUCCCGUGUACGAGUGUUUCGACAGCCCUUACAGACUCCUUUCCACACCAGCCGGUGGCCUGUCCAAAGGAAUGCAAGAAAUGGUGAAGAACGCGGUGAAUGAGAUGCGUCGGUACUACAGUCGGAAGGUGGUCGAUGUGUUGAUCAAGGUAACGCGGCGCUCUCUUGACCUUAUCAUCAGGCAGUUCUCCAACGAGAAUUAUGUUGACGAGGCCCAAAAGAGACCAAUAUUUCUUCUUCACGCGACUCUGAUGAUCCCCAACGUUUCUGUCAAGCCAACCCUGGAUGAGAUCCAAGAAGUUCUAGUGGCUGCUGGACGUCAAAUAUCUGGCCUGUCCAAGGGAGUAGCCCAGUGGACCGGCGGAAAGACAUCAAGGGUAAUAAUUUUCAUCCAUGUUAGCUGGAAGAAACUAGCAGGACCUCAGUCAAAUCAGCUGCUAGAGGUAGUCACGAAGCUUGACGAACAGGUCGCAUCAGUGGUGCCGAUGUCGCAAAAGGCAAUGAAAGUCCCCGACACAGCCAAGAUGAAGAGGAAGAAGCAUUACAGGCUGGAAUCGGAGGAGAAACCACAGUUUCCAUUCCAACAGAAGAAUUUUUACAACUACGUCAUGGAAAAUAAGGAAAUUGUGAAGACGCUGUCUUUACUGUCAACGUGUUGUCAGAAUGUUAAAAUGGAAUUGAACACUCUAGUAAAGCGCUGGCGUCCAUACCAUUACUUGUGGAAGUGUGAGAAGACCCUCCGUCAAUUGCUGGCGUGGAACCUAAAUGAUUUCGAGCUGUCUCUGAAGAGGCACAGCGAGCUCGAGGCCAGCCUGUCCACGGAGCCAGAUGUCCUCGUCAUCGGCAACUGCCUCGCUGUGUCCACAGAAAAACUAAAACUUGGACUUACCACCGAACUAAAAAAUGGUACCCACCGAAUAAGUCAAGCCAUGCGCAAGAAAUACAAGCGCGAAAUGGACUACGUUUACGCAAUUAUGAACGAUUUGGAAAGAAAGCUCGAGCGACCAAUCCGCGACUUGGACGACGUUCGCACGGUUAUGGAGACCCUCAAAAAGAUUCGAGAACAGGAGGUGGACAUGGAGCUGAAGAUUGACCCCGUCGAAGAAGCAUUCAACGUAAUUACUCGCUACGAAUUGCCGGUCAGCAAAGAAGACCUGGAGCAAGUGGACAACCUUCGAUACACGUGGCAGCAACUGCAAGCGACGGCUCUAGCGUCGCAGGUGCACCUGCUGAAAAUGCAGCCGUCCUUUGAAGCGGACCUCAGGUCAAACUUAGACCGCUUCAGAGAAGACAAUACAGAGUACUGCCACGAGUAUAGGCAUGCGGGCCCCAUGCAGACGGGCCUCUCGCCAAGGGAAGCCUCUGAUAGACUCAUGUUGUUCCAGAAUCGUUUUGACGGCAUGUGGCGAAAAUUACAAACAUACCAAAGCGGCGAAGAACUCUUCGGGUUGCCUCACACAGAGUACCCCGAACUGGCUCAGAUCAGGAAGGAGCUGAACCUCUUACAGAAGCUAUACAAGCUGUACAAUGACGUCAUCGACCGCGUCAGCAGCUACUACGAUAUACCAUGGGGGGAAGUCAACAUAGAGGAGAUCAAUAACGAGCUGAUGGAGUUCCAAAAUAGAUGCCGAAAAUUGCCGAAGGGGUUAAAAGAGUGGCCUGCAUUCUUUGCUCUAAAGAAAACAAUAGACGACUUUAACGACAUGUGCCCCCUCCUGGAGCUGAUGGCAAACAAAGCCAUGAAGCCACGCCACUGGCAACGCAUCAUGGAGGUCACCAAGUAUAACUUUGAGCUGGACAAUGAGGACUUCUGCCUGAAGAACAUCCUCGAAGCGCCUUUGUUGCCGAAUAAAGAAGACAUUGAGGAUAUUUGCAUAUCAGCGAUGAAAGAGAAGGACAUUGAAGGCAAGCUGCGACAAGUUACCAACGAGUGGUCAGUCCACGAGCUGACCUUUCAGACGUUCAACAAUCGUGGGGAGCUGCUCCUCAGAGGCGACACCACGGCCGAAACCAUCGGCGCGCUGGAAGACAGCCUCAUGAUACUCGGCUCUUUGCUAUCUAAUCGAUACAAUGCACCAUUCAGAAAACAAAUACAACAAUGGCUUUACGACUUGCAAAGCACUAACGAGAUACUAGAACGUUGGUUGCUUGUUCAAAACAUGUGGGUGUACCUUGAAGCCGUCUUCGUGGGCGGUGACAUCGCGAAACAGCUACCCAAAGAAGCAAAGAGAUUUUCUAAAAUUGACAAAUCUUGGCAGAAAAUCAUGCAAAGAGCACACGAGACGCCUGGCGUAGUCUCCUGUUGUGUUGGAGACGAUCUCCUGAGGCAACUACUGCCCCAUUUGCAAGAACAACUAGAACUUUGCCAGAAGAGUCUCAGCGGUUAUUUGGAGAAGAAAAGAACAAUGUUCCCGAGAUUUUUCUUCGUCUCAGACCCGGCAUUGCUUGAGAUAUUAGGACAAGCGUCCGAUUCGCACACUAUUCAGAACCACUUGCUGUCUAUAUUUGACAACACUCGCUACGUUAAAUUUCAUGACAUAGAAUACAACAAGAUGAUCGGAAUCAAGUCGUCGGAAGGUGAGGAGAUACAACUGGAGCGGCCCGUGCGAGCGGAGGGGUCGGUAGAGACGUGGCUGACGUCACUAUUGCAGUCUGCACAGGGCAGCCUCCACGCCAUUAUCAGGAACGCCGUCGCUUUCAUCAACGACCCCGCCUUCAACCUGCUUAUGUUUCUAGACAAAAUGCCCGCACAGGUGGGUCUGCUCGGCAUCCAAAUAAUAUGGACCCGGGAUGGAGAGCUGGCCCUGAUGCAGGCACGGCAGGACAAGAAGAUCAUGAUGGAAACCAACAACAAGUUCCUGGAGUUGCUGAACACCCUCAUCGACCAGACGACGAGAGACCUGCUCAAAAUAGAGCGCAUUAAGUUUGAAACCCUCAUCACGAUUCAUGUGCAUCAGAGGGACAUAUUCGAUAUGUUGUGUCGUCUCAACGUGCGAUCUGCAACAGACUUCGAGUGGCUGAAGCAAUGCCGGUUCUACUUCAAAGAGGAUGCGGACAAGACGUGGAUCUCGGUCACUGAUGUCACGUUCACCUACCAGAACGAAUACCUGGGUUGUACCGAGAGACUGGUUAUCACACCGCUGACUGACAGGUGCUACAUCACACUAGCACAAGCCCUGGCAAUGAGCAUGGGCGGAGCCCCGUGCGGGCCCGCCGGCACGGGGAAGACGGAGACCGUCAAAGACAUGGGCAAGACACUCGCCAAGUACGUUGUCGUAUUCAAUUGCUCCGACCAAAUGGACUACAGGGGCCUAGGCCGAAUCUAUAAAGGCCUAGCCCAGUCCGGCUCUUGGGGCUGCUUCGACGAAUUCAACCGCAUCGAGCUGCCGGUGCUGUCGGUGGCGGCCCAGCAGGUGGCCGUCGUGUUAUCAGCGAAGAAGGAGAAGAAGAAGACCUUUAUCUUCACCGAUGGCGACACCUCAGAAAUGUGCCCGGAGUUUGGCAUAUUCAUCACAAUGAAUCCCGGGUACGCCGGCCGCAAAGAGCUGCCGGAGAACUUAAAGAUCCAGUUUCGCACCGUUGCUAUGAUGGUACCAGAUCGGCAGAUCAUCAUUCGAGUGAAGCUGGCUUCCUGCGGCUUCCUCGAAAAUAUCACGCUCGCGAGAAAGUUCUACACCCUAUACAAGCUGUGCGAGGAACAGCUUACCAAGCAGGUUCAUUACGACUUUGGCCUCCGUAACAUCCUCUCAGUCCUCCGCACUUUGGGUGCUGUAAAGCGAGUAAACUUCGAAGACACCGAGAGUACCAUCGUGAUGAGAGUCCUUCGGGAUAUGAACUUGUCCAAAUUAAUAGACGAGGAUGAGCCGCUGUUUAUAUCGCUCGUCGCCGAUCUCUUUCCCAACCAGGCCCUCGAAAAGACUUCCUAUGCGGAGCUGGAAGAAAGUAUACAGAAGCAAGUCGAGAUGACAGGAUUAAUUUUUCACCCACCAUGGGUUUUGAAAAUUAUUCAGUUGUACGAAACACAGCGUGUUCGUCACGGGAUCAUGACACUAGGUCCACCCGGGGCAGGCAAGACUACCUGCAUACACACCCUGAUGAACGCCCUAACUGAGACGGAAAACCCUCAUAGAGAAAUGAGAAUGAAUCCUAAAUCAAUUACAGCUGCACAAAUGUUUGGGCGAUUAGAUGUAGCUACUAACGACUGGACUGAUGGAAUAUUUUCCGCGCUGUGGCGAAAAACUCUCAAGAUAAAAACUGGAGAGCAUAUCUGGCUUGUCCUAGAUGGCCCAGUCGACAGUAUAUGGAUAGAGAAUUUAAACUCAGUAUUAGAUGAUAACAAGACUCUAACGCUGGCUAACGGAGACCGUCUCACUAUGUCCCCGACAUCCAAAAUUAUAUUUGAACCAGAAAACAUUGACAACGCAUCCCCUGCUACCGUCUCCAGAAAUGGGAUGGUUUAUAUGAGCGCAUCCGGUUUAGACUGGGAGCCAGUUCUACGAGGUUGGCUAAAAUCGCGUUCCGACGGGGAAGUCGAGGUUUUUACCUCUUUGUUCGAGGAAACAUUUCCUUUAAUUUACACCUGGUGUACUCAGAAUCUUAUAUUUACAAUGAAAGUGCUUCAAAGUAACAUCAUAUUACAAAUGCUGAGUCUCCUAGAGGGCCUAGUACCACCACAGAUUGUGGAGCCCGAGGAUCCCUCUGCGUCUAAGUCAGUCAAUGGUGACGUGGACGAUGAGGAAGAAAAAGAAAAUAAAGAGGAAAUCGUUCUCUUCACUCCUGAGCAUUUACACAAAAUUUACGUGUUCACACUAUUUUGGGGUUUUGGAUCAUUAUUAGAAACAAAUGACCGAACCCGAUUGGACACAUACAUCAAGAAAAACUUCUCCAAUAUUCUGGAUGUGCCGAAACAUCCGAACAAUAAACCAUCUACAGUAUUUGACUUUUAUGUUAAGCAUCCCGGUAAAUGGGAACUAUGGGAUGAUUUGCUGACAAAUUACCAAUAUCCAGAUACGGCUACUCCAGAUUACUCAACUAUACUCGUCCCAAUCGUAGAUAAUGUGAGAAUCAAUUACCUGAUACACAGUAUUGCCAAACAAGGAAAAGCGGUAUUAUUACUCGGUGAACAAGGUUCAGCUAAAACUGUAAUGAUGAAGGCUUACAUGAAAAAUACGAACCCAGAACAUUUCUUAGGUCGGUCAUUCAAUUUCUCCUCGGCUACAAGUCCGUACCAGUUCCAAAAAACUAUAGAGAGCUACGUGGAAAAGAGGAGCGGUAUGACCUUUGGGCCGCCAGGAGGAAAGAAAAUGCUGGUCUUUAUUGACGACAUAAAUUUGCCACAAAUCAACGAGUGGGGUGAUCAAAUUACGAAUGAAAUCGUGAGACAAGUCAUGAGCCAAGGUGGCUUUUAUAGUUUGGAGAAACCGGGUGAUUUUACAACUAUUAUAGAUAUUCAAUUUUUAGGAGCUAUGGGGCAGCCAGGUGGAGGCAGAAAUGACAUACCUGGUCGACUAAAACGUCAGUUUGCUAUCUUCAACUGUCCUCUACCCAACAAUGAAGCUAUUGACAAAAUUUUCAAAGUAAUAGGAGAAGGUCAUUACAAUUCUAAGCGUGGAUUUGCUGCGGACGUGAGAGCUCUUAUUAAAAAGGUGAUUCCCUUGACCAGAGAACUGUGGAUGAGGACACGGCAGAACUUGCUGCCGACGCCGGCAAAGUUUCACUAUGUAUUUUCUUUGCGAGAUUUAUCGAGAGUUUGGCAAGGCUUGGUGGGCACUUUAUCCAACGUGAUCGAGUCGGAGAAAUGUCUCAUGUUAUUGUGGAAACACGAGUGUUUGAGAGUUUUCUCAGAUCGAUUUACACAUCAAGCGGAUAAGGAUUGGUUUAGUAAGGCACUGUAUGAUAUAGUGGAGGAAAGGUUAGGUAAAGAUUAUAAAAAGAUGAUGGAACAGGACCCAGUUUUUGUUGAUUUUAUGAGAGAUGCUCCAGAGCCUACUGGUGAAGAAGGUGAAGACGCAGAUAUGGAACUUCCUAAAGUAUACGAACCUGUGUUCGACUAUGCUGAAUUGCGGGAACGUUUAGAAAUGUUUCUCGCACAAUAUAAUGAAAUGGUUCGCGGUUCAGGCAUGGAUCUCGUUUUCUUCCCCGACGCCAUGUACCAUUUAGUGAAAAUUUCCAGGGUUAUAAGGCAUCCGAGAGGAAACGUCAUGCUUGUAGGUGUAGGAGGCUCUGGCAAGCAAUCUUUGACCAAACUGUCCACCUUUAUAGCCGGAUACAGAUCGUUCCAAAUCGCAUUAACGAGAUCAUACAAUGUAGGAAACUUUUUAGAAGAUUUGAAACUUUUGUAUAGAUCCUGUGGAGUCCAAGGUAAAGGGACGACAUUCAUAUUUACUGAUUUGGACAUAAAAGAGGAAGGCUUUCUCGAAUAUUUAAAUAAUAUAUUAUCUUCUGGAGUGAUAUCAAAUCUGUUCACCAAAGACGAGCAGCAGGAAAUCAUCACAGAGUUAACACCGAUUAUGAAGCGCGAGAAUCAAAAGAGAACCCUAACAACUGAGCUUGUGAUGGAAUAUUUCUUGAACAGAACUUGUCAAAAUUUGCAUGUCGUUUUAUGUUUUUCUCCGGUUAGUGAAGCAUUCAGAUAUCGCGCUAUGCGUUUUCCAGCCCUCAUUUCUGGUUGUACGAUUGACUGGUUCCAACCUUGGCCAAAAGACGCCCUAGUUUCAGUAGCUGAUCAUUUUCUCGCAGAAUUUGAAAUCGAAUGUACCAAAGAAGUUAAAAAAGAAUUGGUAACCGUCCUAGGAACUAUACAAGAUGUGGUAUCAAAGGUGUCCACUGAGUAUUUCCAAAGGUUCCGUCGUUCAUCACAUGUGACCCCAAAGUCCUAUCUUAAUUUCAUUGCAGGGUAUAAAAAUAUUUACCACAUGAAAGAGAACGAAUUAGGUGACGGAGCUUUGCGAAUGGAUACAGGGUUGGAAAAAUUACGCGAAGCUUCGAUAGCUGUCGAAGUAUUAAAGAAAGAUUUGUCAGUGAUGGAACAAGAUUUAGCUCUGGCUUCUGAAAAAGCAGAUAGAGUGCUGACAACAGUUACGGAACGAGCAAUGCAGGCGGAAAUUGUAAAGAAUCAGGUGCAGAUAGUAAAAGAAAAAGCGGAGGCGUUAGUGGCUUAUAUUGCCGAAGAAAAACAAAAGGCUGAAAUGAAGUUAGAAGCUGCAAAGCCAGCACUAGAAGAAGCUGAAUCAGCUCUAAAUACUAUAAAACCAGCGCAUAUAGCUACAGUAAGAAAGCUGGGCAGACCACCUCAUUUAAUCAUGAGGAUUAUGGACUGCGUACUGAUACUGUUUCAAAGACGAUUACAUCCUCUUAUUCCAGAUACAGCGGCACCAUGUCCUAAACCAUCUUGGCCAGAAUCUUUGAAGAUGAUGGCGAGCACCACCUUCUUAUUACAACUUCAAAACUACCCAAAAGAUAUCAUCAACAAUGAGAUGGUGGAGCAUUUGGUACCGUACUUCGAGAUGGAAGACUACAACAUGGACACAGCGAAGAGAGUCUGCGGUGAUGUAGCCGGCCUUCUCUCUUGGACCAAAGCCAUGGCGUUCUUCCAUAGCGUAAACAAGGAAGUGCUUCCACUGAAAGCCAAUUUGUUACUGCAAGAAGCUAGAUUAAAGGUAGCCAUGGAAGACCUCGCGUCAGCGGAACGUCAGCUAGAAGAAAGAGAAAUGUCAUUACGUAAGGUAAAAGAACAAUAUGAGUCUGCUGUGUCUGAGAAACAACAGCUCACGGAUGCACUUAACGUUUGUCUAAGGAAAAUGACGGCCGCUACAGCGCUGAUUAAUGGAUUGGGAGGAGAAAAGAUCAGGUGGACGCAACAGAGCAAAGAUUUCAAAGAACAGCUCGGGCGUCUAGUUGGAGACGUGGUCCUUGCUACCGGAUUCUUAUCAUAUUGUGGUCCGUACAAUCAAGAAUUCAGAAAUAAUUUGUUGGAUACAUGGAUGGGGAUUCUUAAAAAGAAGGAAAUACCUGUUACAAACAAUUUGAAUAUAACGAACAUGUUAGUAGAAAGCGCUACUAUUUCUGAAUGGACUUUACAAGGUCUCCCCAACGAUGAUUUGUCCGUGCAAAACGCACUAAUUGUGACAAAAGCUAGUUCCUAUCCACUCCUGGUUGAUCCACAAAGUCAAGGCAAAAAUUGGAUAAAGAAUAAGGAAAGUGCAAAUGAACUUCAAAUUACAUCAUUGAAUCAUAAAUAUUUUCGUAGUCACCUCGAAGACAGCCUGUCUUUAGGCAGACCACUUUUAAUAGAAGAUGUAGGAGUGGAGCUGGACCCAGUUAUCGACAAUGUAUUGGAGAAGAACUUUAUAAAGUCGGGUUCGAUUGAAAAAGUGAUCGUAGGAGACAAGGAAUGCGACGUCAUGCCUGGUUUUAUGUUAUACAUCACAACGAAACUCCCAAAUCCUGCAUAUUCGCCAGAAAUAAGCGCAAAAACAUCAAUCAUUGAUUUUACUGUAACGAUGCGAGGUCUUGAGGAUCAAUUAUUAGGUCGCGUUAUACUUAUGGAGAAAUCUGAUUUAGAAGAAGAACGCGUUGCUCUAUUUGAAUCGGUGAUGAAAAAUCAAAGAAGUAUGAAAGAACUUGAAAGCAAUUUACUCUGUCGUCUGACUUCGUCAGAAGGAUCUUUGGUAGAUGAUGAAGCUCUAAUUCAAGUGCUACAAAUAACUAAAACAACAGCUGAAGAAGUCAACGAGAAGCUAAAAGUAGCAGAAGUUACAGAAAAGAAAAUUAUUAAAGCUCGUGAAGAAUUUAGAGCUGUAGCCGGACGAGGCUCUAUACUAUACUUUUUGAUCGUCGAAAUGAGUAAUGUGAAUAUAAUGUAUCAAAACUCGUUGAAACAAUUUUUGACCAUAUUCGACAAUUCUAUAACUAAAUCAACAAAAAGCAAUGAUACAGAAGAGAGAAUUGAUAUAAUUCUAAAAUAUUUGACACAUGAGGUGUGGGCUUUUACAUUGCGCAGUUUAUAUGAAAGGCACAAGGCCUUAUUUACUUUAAUGUUGGCUAUGAAAAUCGACUGCCAUCGAGGCUUGAUCUCUCACGACGAGUUUAUGGCGUUCGUUAAGGGUGGCGCCUCCCUCGACCUGAAUGCUGUCACUCCUAAACCGUUCAGAUGGAUUCUGGAUAUCACUUGGCUAAAUUUAGUUGAAAUUAGCAAACUUAAGAAUUUUUCCGAUGUACUACAAAGGAUAUCAUCAAACGAAAAGGAGUGGCGGGUCUGGUACGAGAAAGCGCGGCCCGAGGAGGAGGUACUCCCAAGCGGGUACAACGACAGCCUCGAUGUCUUUCGUAAACUACUAUUGAUCAGGUCCUGGAGCCCUGAUAGAACACUUUCACAAGCUAGAAAGUAUAUUGUUGACUCUCUCGGUCCAGAGUACGGAGAAGGGUGUAUUCUGAAUUUGGAAACAACGUGGGAAGAAUCAGAACCUCGAACCCCUUUAAUUUGCAUACUGUCUAUAGGCUCUGAUCCAUCUGCUCAGAUCGCAGCCCUAGCAAAAUCCAAGGAGAUAGUUUUGAAGGCAGUCUCCAUGGGACAAGGGCAAGAAAUUGUUGCUCGUAAGAUGAUCUCGGACUCGAUGAAUGAGGGUGGUUGGGUUCUUUUGCAAAAUAUACACCUAUCACUGCCUUUCUGCGUGGAAGCCAUGGACGCCCUCAUAGAAACGGAACACAUCCAGGAAUCCUUCCGACUCUGGCUCACCACCGAAGUGCACACAGAAUUUCCUAUAGGCUUACUGCAAAUGGCCAUCAAAUUCACUAAUGAACCACCUCAAGGAAUACGAGCCAGCAUGAAGAGAACUUAUCAAAACAUCACUCAAGACUUUUUGGACUAUUCAUCAUUAACGCAAUGGCCACCACUUUUAUAUGCCGUAGCAUUUUUGCAUACGAUAGUCCAAGAACGAAGAAAGUUCGGGCCUCUAGGAUGGAACAUCCCCUACGAAUUUAACCAGGCUGAUUACGCCGCGUGCGUGCAGUUUGUACAAAACCACCUGGACGAAAUAGACCCUAAGAAGGGCAUAUCGUGGCCGACCGUCUGCUAUAUGCUCGGUGAGGUCCAAUACGGUGGUCGUGUCACGGACGACUUCGACAAGCGUCUGCUGACCACUUUCACCAACGUCUGGUUCUGCGACGUUCUCCUGAGGCCCGGAUUUGAAUUUUACAAGGGUUAUAAAGUACCUAUUACUCGGAAUCUGCAAGGUUACGUGGAUUACAUCAACCAGUUGCCUUUGACUGAUACGCCGGAGGUAUUUGGUCUGCACGGAAAUGCAGAUAUAACCUAUCAAAUAAACAGUGCAAAGGAUAUUCUGGACACGAUCUUAAGCGUGCAGCCGAAGGAGGGCGGCAGUCAGGGAGGCGAGACGAGAGAGAGCAUCGUCUAUCGUUUGGCAGAGGACAUGCUGGAAAAACUACCGAAGCAGUACGUUAGUUUUGAAAUUAAAGAAGCCCUUGCGAAAAUGGGCGCAUUUCUGCCCAUGAAUAUCUUUUUAAGACAAGAGAUCGACCGAAUUCAAAAAGUGAUAAAGACAGUGCAAUCGACGCUGUGCGACCUAAAACUGGCGAUAGACGGCACCAUCGUAAUGAGCCAAGGUCUACGGGAGUCGCUCGACGCCAUGUACGACGCCAGAAUCCCACAAAACUGGCUCAAGGUAUCCUGGGAGUCAGCGACGCUAGGAUUCUGGUACACGGAGCUAUUGGAGCGAGAGCAGCAGUAUAGAGUCUGGCUAAAGAACGGGCGUCCCACCACCUUCUGGAUGACUGGCUUUUUCAACCCACAGGGGUUUCUCACAGGAAUGAGACAGGAAGUGACGCGCGGCCACAAGGGCUGGGCGCUGGAUUCCGUAGUGCUUCAAAACCACAUCACCAAGUUCAACCGCGAGGACGUCCAUGAAGGGCCUGCUGAGGGCGUCUACGUUUACGGGCUGUUUCUUGAAGGAGCAUCUCUAGACAGGAAGACUGGAAAGCUGAUAGAAUCCAAACCUAAAGUUUUGUACGAACAAAUGCCUGUGAUCUACAUAUUCGCAAUCAACACCACAGCUGGGAAGGAUCCCAGGCUCUACGAGUGCCCAAUGUAUAGGAAGCCUCAGCGAACCGAUGCCAAAUACAUAGGCUCCAUAGACUUCGAGACUGACGCUAACCCAAGACACUGGACUCUUCGGGGAGUCGCCUUACUUUGCGACAUCAAGUAGAUCCAGAGCGUACGAAAUAUGUUACUUUACCUAACACUUUCAUCUAUGUCGGCCUGACUGAUAAAAGCAAAGCAAAGGAGCAAAGAACGCUAACAAAAUAAAAAAUGUUUGAAGUUUGAAGAUUUCCAGUAUUUGAAAACAUUUUACGAAGAAAAUAAGAAUAUGGUAGAAAUUACACCACUAAAACACCAUCACCCACGUAAGAGAAUAUUCUCCGUGAUAUUUAGUAAAAAAAUGCACAAAUUAUUAAGUGCACGGAGGUUGCUUUACUUAGUAGAGAAACAGCCCAAACUUCCUUAAGCACCAAAUUAGAUAAGGUCUGGUUUGGACCAAGUUAAAUGAGGUUUGGUUGGACUUGGGAAUAUGAGAGAAGGUGGAUAUUUUGCGGCGUCGUCGUUAAAACUGAUACCAUGAUAAAAAAGGGGUGUUUUUAUCAACGCUAUAUAGUUACGACACUGCUGUACUGUAUUGGUUAUGGUAGAAAGCAUGAGAAUGUGACUUCGAUGUCAGAAGCAAGAAACCUAAUAAGAAUAGCAAGCAAUAACUUCUUUUGAAAUAAUCAUACAUUCUGAAAUAAAAUUUAAAAAACAUUGUUGUUUUUGUAAACAUAAAAGCUU